AUGAUUGCGUGUACGUUAUUAAAAAGAACUAUGUCUCAAAGCAUUGGUAAUAGGAUUCUAAAUAAUGCUGAAAUAGCUGAAAAGAAACUGGCACAAUUAAGGACAAAGCUAGAUGAAGUUAAAAAAAUCAAGAUUGAAGAAAAAAUACAGGCACUUACAGAGGAGAAUAAAGGUUUAGCUGCUAAAGUAGAAGCUGCUAAAGCCAAUUUGAUAAGAUUGGAAACAUUGAAUGGUAAGAAGCAAUACGCCAUACCAGGCAAGCAGUCAGUAGCACCUGUUGAAAAUGUUAAAACCGAGGAUGCACCAGUUCAAUCUGAAAAACAGCCUGCUCCGAAGAAGGCAAAGGAAACUGUAAAAAAACCCAAAGAAAAAUCAGAGCCUGCUGGUGAUUCCAUCGUAGAUGUCAGGAAGUUAGAUUUCAGAAUUGGAAAAAUUAUUGAUGUGAACAAACAUCCUGAUGCCGACACAUUGUAUGUAGAGAAGAUUGACUGUGGAGAGGAUAAACCCCGCACUGUUGUCUCCGGUCUUGUAAAUCAUGUACCAAUAGAUGAAAUGCGUGAUAGAAUUGUUAUGAUACUAGCAAAUUUAAAACCAGUAAAGAUGAGGGGAAUUACAUCAGAAGCAAUGGUCAUGUGUGCAUCAUCCCCUGAAAAGGUUGAAAUUCUCAUGCCACCCCAGGGAGCUGUACCUGGUGAUUUAGUAGAGUGUGAAGGUUACCCUCGAGAACCAGAAGCUGUACUUAAUCCUAAGAAAAAAAUAUUUGAAACCUGUGCUCCUGACCUCUUAACAAAUGAUGACAAAGUUGCAUGCUACAAAGGAACUCCUUUAUUUGUCCCUGGAAAGGGAGUGAUAGUAGCACCGACAUUAAAAGGAGUUAAUGUUAAAUAG